GUCACUAACCGCUCGAUGGAUCCCUACGAUUAUUUCACGCGUAUCCCGGUGUUCGGACUGAUUGUAUGCAACGAAUGCAAGUAUUGCGUCUGGCCAAAGGACGUCGCAGGGCAUUUAAGCGGGCCACACCAUAAGCUGAAGCGUGCGCAAAGCCAGGAGAUUGCUAGCGCCGUCCAUCGUUGGCGUGGAUUAACCCGGAGUUAUGAGGAAUUACAGGUCCCCUAUACCGUCGAUAAGCCUAUCAACGCGUUACCGUUAUAUGAAGACGGUUUCAUGUGUAUAAAGGGGGAUUGCCGAAAGAUAUUCCGUGGACGACCGGUUAUAAUCGAGCACUGGCGAACCGAGCAUAAGUGGACGGUUACCGAACGACAAAGGAAAGGAAGAGCGGGUCGACCAGGCAAGACCGAGAAGGAUAUCGUGCAGAGACGGUUCGAGGCGGCUACGGAGAAGGUAUUAUAUCAACGGUUUUUCCCCAGUCGCUAUAGCUCGCAAUAUUUCCGGAAGGCCGAGCAAAAGUUCCAGGAGAUUGAGAAGCGGAUCCGAACCCGGAUCGAAGCCGGAGAGAAGGACGAGGCGAACCCGUGGUUAGAGCGAACGGGAUGGGCGAAGUAUUUA